AUGCCUGUAAUCAAUGUGGUGGAGGGAAUGAAAGUUGAUUUGGUAGCAUUGAAGACAGAAGUAGAGAAUGCGAAAAAAGACAUGGAACAAAUGAAGAAGGAAAAGUACUUUGAUACCAUUGCAAUGAAGGAAAAAAUAUAUAAGUUUACUGGUCAACAUUUCAGAAAGCUGUUUUGGAAGGCUGUCAAUGCUUGUUUUGAGCAGAAGUUCAGACGUGUAAUGGAGAAGAUCAAAUCUGUAGAUACUCAUGCAUAUGAUUACCUUAUAGAUAGAGAUCCUACUACCUGGUCUAAUGCAUUUUUUAAGAGGGAAGAGAUUGUGAUGCAGUUGAAAAUGGGAUGUGUGAGAGUUUCAGUUAUGCUAUUAGGUAUGCUAGAAGGAAACCAACCAUCACUAUGUUAUAGGAUAUUUGGAUAUUUAUGA